AAGUUUACUUAGCAACUCACAAGAAAAGGGUCAAGGAGGCAAAUCAUCCUGUGGUUCAGCUGGAAAACCUUAUAGAAAAGCAACCAGAAUUAGCACAAAAUUGUGAGGGAAGGGUUGCGUGGGAAGGUGAUGCACUACAUCAAGUAUUGGGAGAGGAGAAAUCUGGACAAGUACAUGGCAUGGGCUUGCUUCCAAUUCCUAAACAAGUUUAUGGCCGAACAACACGUCAAUUUAAGGACAUAAAUAUAGCUACAAUAGAAGGAUCAUCAGCAGACGUAGACACACAUUUGUUGGAGGAAAUACAACAACUCAAGGAGCAUGCAAGAAAACAAGACAAAGUUAUUGAUGAACUCAUAAACAAGAAAAGACACAAUGAGAAUGAAGAAGUGAUAAAGGAACUGACUGCUCAUGGUGAUUUUCAGACUGGCCAUGCUAACCUUCAGAAUCAUGUAGUGCAUUCCAACAGAAAGAGAGUUCGAUGCACUGAACCAGACCAUGGAGAUGCAAUCUGUCAACAAAAUGUUGCACUAAACAUCCGUACAUGUGUAUCCGAAUACAGCGACAAUGUUGAUCCAAUUAUGUCCAACAAAAAGCGUCAAGGUGAUGCAAAUCGCAAGCAAUUAUCACAUCAAGCAGAAGAGCCACUCUCGCCACAAUGCUCUAGUAUUGGUUUUGGACAAAAAGAGGUUGAUGAAUGCACACAAAAUUCAAUUGAUCAUAGAAUAAGAAGAAAAACAAAGAACCAACAAGGAGUACUCAAAGAGAACCGGAUCAUGGCACAGAAAAUUGCUCAGGAUAAAGCUAUGGGCCAAAAUAAUUCAAAAUUUACACAACCUCGUCCAAUUAAGGAUGGAACCACAGUGAUACUUAAGACAGCAAGCCGUCCAAAUAAGGCAAUUGUGGCCUAUGCAACCAUUCUGAGCUCUAGUCCAAAAGAAAGUGUUGGUGGAGUUGAGAUAGGAAAACAAUUCUACAAAGUCCGAAUCAACCAUCCUGUUUUACAAGAUGAGCCUUUGGUUAGGCCCAUGCCUGGCUACGACAAAAUUGGUGAUGCCCAUGCAAAAGGAGUAGCAAUUGCUUGGCCUUGGCUUUGUGUUCAAAUGAUCAAUGGAUGAAUUUGUAGAUUUGGAUGCGCAUGAGACAUGACCAAGAAACAUGAAUUCCAAGAAUAUUUCUUAUUUGUAGUUACAUUUCAUUUCCACCUUUACAGACUUGUACUAUCUACCACUUGCUACAUUUAUUCCCUAGAAUCAUAUCAUUGUGUAAAUAUAUAAUUGUAUUUUGUGAACAAGUACUAUGUUUUUACCUUCCUCCAAUCAAUGCAAGUGAUUACUCGAAGUUGUGAUUUU